AUGGUUCAGUAUCAUGUCAAUAAGGUCAAGUCUGGAUUGAAUAACAUGAUCGUGGUCUUCAUAGCAACAAUUUAUGAUAACCAUAAAAACAUUGUACACUUGGCGUUUGAAAUGGUUGAGAAGAUAGUGCAAGAUUAUUUCUUGUUGUGUACUGAAGAAUUGGCUACAAUAGAUACUGGAUCAGCUGCAUACAAAAUUCUCAUGGAGCUUCUAGUAACAAUUGAUGUGGGUAGAAAAGCAUUAGCCAAGAACAUCACAAAAAUUAUACCAUAUUUUAGAUAUGUUGAAACAGAUAGAAAGACUCAAUGGCAUGAAUCUAUUGCUAUAAAACAAGUAUCAAAUCUCAUUAUGGAAGAAGGUGCGGAUCGUGUUCUUGCUUGUGAUUUUCAUUCUGGGCAGUCAAUGGGUUAUUUUGAUAUUUCAGUUAACCAUGUUUACUGUCAGCAUGCUAUUCUUGAUUAUCUUGCCAGCAAGUCAAUUUGCUCAAAUGAUUUGGUAAUGUUGUUGCCUGAUGUUGGUGGAGUGGCUAGGGCGAGUGCUUUUGCCAAAAAGUUAUCUAAUGUAUCUUUGGCAAUUAAUAAAAAAAAGGAUUGCAGACGCAAUGUGGCUGAGAUGAUGAACUUAACUGGUGGAAAUGUUUCUAUAUUGUGUGACAUGAUUAACAAUGUUGGAACUAUUUCUAAGGGUGCAACUACUAAAAUUUGGCCAGGGAAAGAAGGUACUAACUCCUUAGCCAUGGAAAAGCAAAGUAUAAGGACGAACGUGCAGUUCCUAGAGAAGUUUGGAGUUGAGGGAUGGUAUUUUCAAGCGGUGAAGGUACGAAGAGGAAAGAAUCAAGAUGAAGAUGAAGAGCUAAAGAAUGUGCAUAUUGGCAAUGUUGAGACUACUGAUGUGGCUUGCAAGGCUGAUGAGGAAGCUGUUAAGAGGAUCAUGGGGGAAAUGGAGCAAAUAGAUGGAAUAUAUGUGGUGAUUGUUAUGGUUGUUGCAGAUCAUGGUAAGGCUAAGGGCAAGAAGAAGAAGCCACCUGAGAGAAUUUGGGUGUGA